GUCAUCUGUGACAUACAUUUGCAGACAAGAGUUUAAGAAUCGCAACAACCGUUUAAAUAACAUAGCUGUUCCUACUCUCCAUCUUCAGGGUGCUCCAUCACAAGAUGCUCAUAUGCCUCCUGCAACUCCACAUAUACCAACUGAACUUCCUAUGCCUGAACAUAAUAUAUGGAAUCUGCCUUCUACAUCAAAGCAAAUAGUCACUGGUGCUCCAUCACAAGAUGCUCAUAUGCCUCCUGCAACUCCACAUAUACCAACUGAACUUCCUAUGCCUGAACAUAAUAUAUGGGAUCUGCCUUCUACAUCAAAGCAAAUAAUCACUGCUGCACCUCCCAAUGCGUGUGUUAUAGCAGCAGAACAUAAUUAUUGCAGUAAACAUGGUAUACAACAAAGACGGAAACUUAAAAGGGAGACAAAGUAA